ACACACCAUUUUUCCGUGCGUAAGUGGUGUCGUACUUUGUGGAGCGAGAAAGGGUGCUGUUUUAUAACCAAUCUAGCGACUUCAACGCAUUAACGCUGCUAGUUGACGGGAGGACCUCUUGCCAGUUUCCUGUUUUUAAUAAAACCAAACAAGCAAAUCCACAAUGUUUGAGGCUCGCUUGGUACAGGGAUCCAUCCUAAAGAAGGUUUUGGAGGCUCUAAAAGAUCUGAUCACCGAGGCCUGUUGGGACGUGAGCUCGUCGGGUAUCUCUCUUCAGAGUAUGGACUCGUCCCACGUUUCCCUAGUUCAGCUCACUCUUCGCAGCGAUGGUUUUGACUCCUACCGCUGCGACCGUAACCUGGCCAUGGGAGUCAAUCUUAGCAGUAUGUCAAAGAUCCUGAAGUGUGCUGGCAAUGAGGAUAUCAUCACGCUCAGAGCCGAGGACAACGCAGACACACUCGCCCUAGUCUUUGAGACACUCAACCAGGAGAAGGUGUCCGACUAUGAGAUGAAGCUGAUGGACCUUGACGUAGAACAGUUAGGAAUCCCAGAGCAGGAGUACAGCUGUGUGGUGAAGAUGCCAUCGGGGGAGUUUGCUCGUAUCUGCCGUGACCUCUCUCAGAUUGGGGACGCCGUCAUGAUCUCCUGCGCCAAAGACGGCGUCAAGUUCUCCGCCACGGGAGAGCUGGGCACAGGCAAUGUUAAACUUUCUCAGACGAGCAAUGUGGACAAGGAGGAGGAAGCUGUGAGUAUCGAAAUGAACGAACCGGUCCAGCUGAUUUUUGCUCUCAACUACCUGAAUUUCUUCACCAAGGCCACACCCCUUUCCAAGACUGUCAUUCUCAGCAUGUCUGCAGACAUCCCCCUUGUGGUGGAGUACAAGAUAGCGGACAUGGGCCACGUGAAGUACUACCUGGCGCCCAAGAUUGACGAGGAGGCUUCUUAAGACUCCCUGGGUCAAUGGCAGAACAGGGGGUUGGUUCACUUCCUGUGGAUGGGGCGGCAGUACUUCCAGUUUGGGGAGGGAAGGGAUGGCUGACUUUGCAUCAUGGAAUUGAUUUUAGUUUUAUUAAGAGUUGCUGCCCUGUGACCUAGGCUAGCCAUCCCUCUUAGGAAUGUCAGCACCUAUGUACCCCUCUCUGUUUGGAAAUCAAAUGCUCAUUCCAACUUGUAGAUAAGCAUGUAAAUAUUUUGUGGGUUCAUGUUAACCACCCCAAUUUUUGUAUCCAUAAACUCAGUGUCCCAAUAAAUAAUUUGAUUUUGAUUU